GUUGAGUUUUGCACUAGCUUCACCUGCUUGCAACGCAAAAAGAACCUUCUAUGGCUUUAGCCGAGCCGUUGCUGAAGGCGGAGCACGCGGAUGCCGAUGCCUCCCCCUAUUGGGCGGACGAAGGUGUGCGUGAAGUCUCGUGUGCCUCGACCGCCGACACCGUCUCGGAGGACGCGGCUGCCGCCGACCGUGAUGUGUGGACGGAGGAUUGUGUGAGGAAGAAUUCCGGAAACCUCUUGCACAGCAUCGAUGACAAAGUGGAGGUCGACAAUGCUCCCAUGCAUCCAUCGCUCCCUCCUUUGGGCAGCCCACAACGUGCACCACUGUCACCAGGGAGAUGUAUGGAGGACAACAACCUCAUGACAGGGGCCGAGGCCACCUUUACAGUGGUGAACUUUACGAUGAAUGUUGGACUGUUGACACUGCCCUGCCUUUUUGCACGGCACGGCUGGUCAGCAGGCAUCCUCAUGGCUUUCGCGGGUGCCUCAUGUGCGUGCACGGCCUUGUUCUUGCAGAACAGUUUAGUGACAUUGGUCAGGAGAGGCAUCCCCUUGCCUGACUUCCCAGACCUGGCGCGGGAGGCCAUCGGCGCCCGCUUCGCUGUGAUCGCCCAUGUGGUUGCACAGAUUGAGAUUGUCGGCUACAUGUGCUGCAACCUCAUCGCGUUAGCAAACGGCCUCGCAGCCACAGCGCCCUCCCUGACAGAGCCUCAAGCAAUGAUCAUCUCCAGUGGCAUUUGUGUUGCUUUGGCCGCCAUUUCGGAUCGGCUCUUCGCAUACUGCGCCUUGAUGUCCACAACCUCAAUGGUCGCCAUCUUCGCAAGUCUUUUGCUUUGGGGCACCGAGUUUGAGACCUGGGCUCAACCCUCCACCUUGGUCAGUGAUGUCAGCUACAUGCCCGCCUCCUUUGCCGUCAUCAUUUUCACGGCUGGGGCGCAUCCCCUGAUCCCCUGCGUAAUGCACAGCACGCGCUCGCGGCAUGAGUACAGAUCAGCGUUGCGGCUGUCCUGGACCUUUUUCUCGAUCUUCGCCAUUGUGGCGGGCGGCAUGGCCUUCUACAUGUAUGGGCACUCUCUCCGCCCGUUGAUCACUGACAACAUUGGCCGGAAUUUGCAUCUUCAGAAUGAACCAGGCGGUGGGGCCAUGCGAAAGACUGGUGGCAUUUGGGUGCUGGUGAAGUUGUUUGGUUCUGUGAUCCCAAGUUCACGGCCAACGGUCCGACUGCUCGGCAAGCAGAUUGGUGUGGACUUGCCGGCUGGAAAUGGAGGUUUCAAGUCUGUGCUGGUGACGGCUCCCUUGCUUUGUGCAGUGGCCGGAGUAUCACAGCUGCUGUCUCCCUAUGUCGCUGCCUUCGAGAGUGCCAUUGGCUGCGUCAUCACCAGCUUCAACGCCUUGUUCUUUCCCAGCCUCACAUAUCUUGCUAUUUGCCAGCCCAAAGAUAUCAAGCUCCGUUUGUGCGCGGGAUUCUUUGUGCUUGUAGGCGCGGCGCUUCCAAUUGCAACGUUCCUGCCUCAAGUGCUCCCUCUCGCAUAUAAACUUUGAAUCGAGAAGAUCACAGUCUCAGAAUCGCACUUUCCUCGGUUUUACGGCUUAGCCACACUGCCUAAAACCGGAGCAACCGCUUCGCAACGACAACUCAGGCUUAGAGACGUGAAGAGCUGGGAUUUUCGAGCGGAGUCGCAGUCGUUUUGCAUAAUUCACCACAUCUGGCAGGGGCAUGCACUUUUGGUUGCAGCUUUUUAUAUCCAGAUCUGGUGGCUGCAUGGGGACGAGCCGUUCUGAUUUCUUCUAGCCAGAAAACAUAGGUCUUCUUUGACCUUCUUUGACCCAAG